GAUAUAAUAUUGAAAUAUUAAGUAAAUGUCAUUAAAAAGUCACUUUUAAUACCAAGUAUAUUCAAAAAUUUUAGUUGUGGUUUGGGUAAAAUAGAAUUCUCUUUUAGGCUAAAUAUUUAGAAUCGUAUGAUAUAAUAAAGCAAAACAUGAAAAAUUAUCCUAAUCAGAAAAAAAUGGAUUAUCAAAAACUACUCACAGUAGAUCUCGAUAAGCCAAUGGGUCCCCAAAUGAAAGGUUUUUCCCAGCGUGAUACUGAUUUAAAUACAUCGGUACAACAAACAAAGGAUAAAAAAAUUACCGAAACAAAUACAAUUUAUGAAGCAGACGAUAUUGAUGAAGAAACUGAAGAAAAAAUCCUACAAUCCAAAUCCAAAAAAAUGAAAGAUUCCACUAACCUGGAAGGGCCUAGGGAAGCUCUAUGUUGUAAAUAUAAUGAGGAAUUUGAUUAUAUUGCUGUAGGCUACGCUGAUGGGGUUAUAAGAGUGUAUCAAACUCUAACUGGAAAGCAUGUUUUCACUUUAGCAGAUGACGAAGUAAAAAAUGUUAGAGCACCCUGUACUUGUAUCAAACAUAGACCAGUAUCCAAAGUUUAUCCAAUUACGAACUGUUAUACAGGAACUUAUGCAAACGGUUGCGUAAAAUGCUGGAGUUAUCAUUUCAGCCAAUGUUUGUAUACUAUCAAAGAAAAACGUCAAACUUUUGGCAUAACAUACCAUCCACGGUUCCCGAAAUUUGUUACAUACGGAGAUGAUCUUAGAAUUCAUUUUUAUGACGAAGAAACUAGGAGUCAAGAAAGAGUUUUGUUUUGUAGUGAGUUUCCCGAUCACCAUGACGGCCAUAUGUCUAGAAUUUUCGCUGCUUGUUUCCAUCCGAAGAAUAAUUAUGAGCUAAUUACAGGUGGGUGGGAUAAUGUUGUACAAUUUUGGGAUUUGAGACAACCGUAUGCAACGAGGCAUCUUUCUAAUGUACACAUCUGCGGAGAGGGAUUAGACAUCAAUUUUAGAGGGACCGAGAUCUUGACAUGCAGUUUCCAGUCUGUAGAUCCCUUGCAACUUUGGGAUUAUGGAACAGGGAAAAGAAUAGCAGCUAUAGAACCGGAUAUAUUCACGACUAAAUUGUAUUGUGGAAAAUAUUUGAGCAAAGACUUUAUUGCAACUGGUGGAGCUGAUCCGCAUCUACUAAGGAUAGUUGAUCUUCAAACUACUGGAACAUCUGCUAGUGUAAACUUUUUACCUGGAGCAGUGUACGGCAUUGAUAUUGGUCCACAAAAGAAAAAACUUAAUGAAAGAGAGAGAAAGGAAGAUGAAACAAUGAGAGUAAAGAGUGAUAUAUCGACCGUACCAAAAAUAGCUUUUGUUACAACAAAGAAACUUUAUCAAGUUGAUUUUUAUUAAAGGAAAAUUUCAGGAUUUUUAUUUAAAUUAAAAAGACUACAAUUGGAUUUUCAUUAUAAUUUAGGG